AUGUCUUUUAAAGGUAAAGUGAUUUUGAUUACGAACGCUUCGUCGAUUAUUGGUGCAGCGGCUGUUGAAUUCUUCGCCAAAGAGGGGGCGUUACUUGCAUUAGUUGGUCAAAAAACCGAACGACUUGUCCAAGCUUUCGACAAAGUGAAAGCGAAUAGCAUCGAAACAAUAAGUUUGCCCGAAGAAAUAACGAUUGAUGCAGAUAGAAUUAUCAAUGAAACUAUUGUAAAAUUCGGACGUUUAGAUGUUUUGAUACACAAUUCCGAAAUCGAGCUUUCUGGUUCAAUUGAAAAUAUGGAAAUUAUAGAUUUUGAUAUCGUCAUGACAACUAACGUUCGAAACGUUAUAGAACUCACUAAGAAGGCGAUUCCAUAUCUCAUCAAAAGCAAGGGCAAUAUAGUAGUUUUGUCAAGCAAUUGCAGUGUUACCCCAUUUCCAAAUCAUCUCGCUUAUUCCAUCUCAAAAGCCAGCUUGGACCAGUUUACCAAGUGCGCAGCAUUGGAAUUAGAAAGCAGUGGAGUUCGCAUCAAUUCAAUAGCUCCAAGAUAUAAUAUUACCGAAUUUGCAUCAAAUCAAGCAAGCAAUAAACAUGUUACUACAGCCAAUAGGCGCGAUUAUGAAAACAACUCAAUUGAACAAAUCAAUUUGUGUGUUAAAGCCAUUGCUUUUUUAGCAAAAGAUCAAGACACAUUUCAUUCGGGGAAAAUAUUACAGCUCCCAAUUAGUCGUGAAAGUGAUCAAAGUUUUGAUAUAAUUUGAAAUGUUAAAAGUCAGUUAAGUGGAAAUGAGGACACAAUUUCUCAAUUUUAUUGUUAAAUUUAAUAUUUAAUUAUUGGCCACAUACAACGCACCCUGAGGU